AUGCAGAACCACCGCUACAAACCCGCAGACGUGCACGUAGCUUCAAACUGGAUCAACACGAUGUCCCAGGCCUCCAGGUCGUUCCCGGAGGAGCUCGAGUUCUUGUUGCCGCUCAGGCACUGCGGGCUCGGCGGGCUCGAUAUACGGCGUCACGGUCACAGUCCCGAUCAGGUCCCACGCCACAAUGAUGAAGGACAGCGAGCACGGGAAGCCGAUCCUCGUCGUCUGCGACAACGAAUACUUGCACACGUACCGCGACACCAUCUCAGACAGGUUGUUGGAGAACGUGGACGCGAGUUGAAGUGGGCGUUCAACUUGGAGAACGGGGACGACGCGAUGCCGAUUGAGCUGUCGAACAGGCAACUGACGUGCGCCAGCGUGUACAGGAGCAACAUGCCCCUCGCCGUGUACACGAACGUCGCCACCGUCGGAGCGACGUACAACACCGGGGGCAGCGACUUCUGGAGGACCUCGUACCAUUUGCACACGGCUCGGCUGUCCAGAUAG